GGAGGGUCCUGCCGCCUGAGCUGCUCCGGCUGUGCGGCCGAUUGCCCGGCUGAAGGCCUGGAAGAUGGCGGCCUCCUGGAGGCUUGGCUGUGACCCGCGGGUGCUGCGCUAUCUCCUGGGGCUCAGCGGCCGGCGGAGCCCGGGCUUGGCUAAGGGGGCUGCUGGGUGGUCUGGCGGCUCCGGAGCUAGUUGGAGAUGGUUUCACAACACUCCGCGGCAAUGGGCUGAUCCUAUUAAAAUACUAAUGCCGUCUCUGUCUCCCACAAUGGAAGAAGGAAACAUCGUGAAAUGGCUGAAAAAGGAAGGUGAAGCUGUGAGUGCUGGAGAUGCCUUAUGUGAAAUAGAGACGGACAAAGCUGUGGUUACCUUAGAUGCGGGUGAUGAUGGCAUCUUGGCCAAGAUCGUGGUUGAAGAAGGAUCUAAGAAUAUACGGCUGGGUUCACUAAUUGGCUUGCUAGUUGAAGAAGGGGAAGAUUGGAAAAAUGUUCAAAUUCCCAAAGAUGUGGGUCCUCCUCCUCCUCCUCCAGCCGCUAAACCAGCAGUGCCUCAUCCUUCACCAGAGCCACAGGUUUCUACCCCUGUUGCAAAGACACCCACCACAGGGAAACUGCCGAUCCGUUUAAGUCCAGCUGCCCGAAAUAUUCUGGAAAAACAUGCCUUGGAUGCUAGCCAGGGCACAGCUACUGGCCCUCGGGGGAUAUUCACUAAAGAAGAUGCUCUCAAACUGGUUCAGCUAAAGGAGAUGGGCAAGAUUACUGAAUCCAGACCACGGCCAGCCCCUUCAGCUGUUCCCACAGAGCCUGUGCCCCCCCAGGCCACAGCCGCGCCACCGUAUGCCCGCCCAAUGAUCCCACCAGUUUCAACACCUGGUCAGCCCAACACCCUGGGUACGUUCACUGAAAUACCUGCUAGCAAUAUUCGGAGAGUGAUUGCCAAGAGGUUAACUGAAUCUAAAAGCACUGUGCCUCAUGCAUAUGCUUCUACUGACUGUGACCUUGGAGCUGUCCUAAAAGUUAGACAAAAACUGGUCAAAGAUGACAUUAAAGUAUCAGUAAAUGAUUUUAUCAUCAAGGCAGUAGCAGUUACCCUUAAACAAAUGCCAGAUGUCAACGUAAGCUGGGAUGGAGAGGGCGCAAAACAACUUCCCUAUAUUGACAUUUCAGUGGCUGUGGCAACAGACAAAGGUUUAAUUACACCAAUCAUCAAAGAUGUAGCUGCUAAGGGUAUUCAGGAAAUUGCUAACUCUGUAAAGGUUCUGUCAAAGAAAGCAAGAGAUGGAAAAUUGUUACCUGAAGAAUACCAAGGAGGAUCUUUCAGUAUUUCCAACUUGGGGAUGUUUGGCAUUGAUGAGUUUACUGCGGUGAUCAACCCCCCUCAGGCCUGCAUUUUGGCCGUUGGGAGAUUCCGGCCUGUGCUGAAGCUCACGGAGGAUGAAGAGGGAAAGGCCCGACUGCAGCAGCGCCAGCUCAUCACCGUCACACUGUCGAGCGACAGCCGAGUGGUCGAUGGUGAACUGGCCACCCGGUUCCUGGAAAGUUUCAAAGCAAACCUAGAGAAUCCUAUGCUGCUCACUUAGUUCUCAAGCAGUGAGAAGUCGGACUUUGGCUUCAUGACAUAGUUGUUACAAAGAAACACACACAGAAGGAAGACAGGUAUUGAAGACUGACGUGUAUGGGAUGCUUAUUUAUUUAAGGUGAAAGAGUUUGACGAGGUUGUCCUUAUUUCCAGUUGGGGUAUAAUGCAGAAAUACGAGAUAACAGACUGUAACUAACGAAAGAACACUUGGUUAGGCAGAUCCUAUCUUAACCUUCUGGUGCUAACAGGAGUGUUAAGCUAGACGUAAAUUAAAUUAUGUAUUUGGCUCAUUUGAGUAUUUUACAAUAUUUGAGACUGUAUAAUAGCUUGUAAAAUCAAAAAAUGCUAGAAUUCUGGCAUAUAUUAAAAAUAGAAAUAGUCAUCAAAAGAAAGAUGCCUGUUAAUUUAGCAGUGAGACCUCACUUUUACAAGCACUGCCCUAGACAUACUUGAAGAAUUUAAUGUGUACAGAAGUUUAUUCUGGAUAAUAGUAAAUAAAUAAGAAUUGCAUUGUAUCAAGGGUUGUGGCUACUGAAUUCUUCUGUAUAUAAUAUGUUUCAGAGUGGUAUUUAUUAGCCUUAUUUUUCACUUAUAUGACAUUGUGAAUUUCUAAAGAGUAAGAAUUAAAAAUCAAAAAUGAGGAAAAAGAUCAGUUUGUUUCAGUGAUAAAUUAUAGCUAAAAUAUCUAAACAUUUUGAGAUAAUCUGCUCGCCUCCAUAUAUUGAGUUGAAGUAUAUAAAAUUAUACCUACCAAAAAUUUUAACUUACUGAUUUAAACACAAAAUAUUACUGCUUACUUUUAAUCAAGAUUUAAUUGUACAAUAAAAUGGAGAAAAUAAUUAAAAUUAUUGCUUAUUUGAAAUGUUAUAACACAGGUUUUACGUAAAACCUAGAACUGGAUUAGUAAUCUCCUUGGAAACUUGAAAGGAACUCUAGAGGAGUAAAGAAUUUAAAAGUUAAUGUGUCAUUAGAAUAAUAGUUGAUACAUAAUGCAAAGCUUUCGAAAGUAUGGGAGGUUUUUGAAAUAGGUAAGGACUUUUUACUCUUUAGUUAAUAAAGAUUUUCACAAAUAUUCUAAAAUUUAGGAAAGCUAAUUCAGUAACUGCUACAACGGACAAGAUAGUGCUGCUGAAGUCGAAUGGUAAUUUAAUCACCAGUCUCAUUAAAGUUGGUGGUAUUGUCUGCUGUUAUGAAUAAACUGAAGAUAGGCUAGGAUGAGUUGUGUGGUGACACAAUUUCCCUGGUUCCUUCAUGCCUAAUAAAAGUCUUCUAAAAUAAUGACAACUCCAAAAUGUCAAUCAAGAUAUGUAAUCCAAUCACUUCAAAACUCUUAUAUCAACAGUCAUACUGAAAAUUAUGAUUGUUCACAUCCUAACCAGAUGCUAAUUUUGAAAUAACUUUUAUUCAGUUAAAUUGUUUUCAGUCAAUUUUAGCAAAUAAAAAAACUUUUCGACUUUUCUCUCUGUAGAAACAGAGCCUGAGAUAGCCAUAAAUAAGCCUUGACUGGGAGUUCUGUUUUCCUUGGACUUGUGUGCAUAAAUAGUACUUCAUGCAUUUCCCCGUAGUUUCAAUGGGCUUACUCUUCUUCAGGCUGCCUUUCAGUGUCGUUCUGAACUGCACAGUGAGAAUGCUAUAUAAACUCAAGAGAUUUAAUUCUUCAUGAAUAUCACAAUCAGAUUUGUCAUAUAAUCAAUUACUUGUCAUGGUUUGACUUCUCUGUUGCUGGUAUUAAUAUUCAUUUUCAUUCAAAGUAUUUUCACUAAUAUUUCCAUGUUGACUAGGUUUCUGUAAAGAAUUUGUUAUUUUUAAAAAAAGUUCUAUUGUAACAUAGCAUCAAAGAAUACUGAUUUUCGAAAGAACCCUGGUGUACUUGGUUUGAGUCAUUACAAGAAAAUGAAGUGUUGUAUGAGCAAUUUUUCAUUCACCAUUUUUGUAGAUAAUGCACUGAAAAAAUAUAAAAUGAAAUUUUAUGCCUGGUUAUCAUUUUUAUCUUGAGAACAAGGGAAUAACUGAAAUGUUGAGAUAACUUGUAAUGGAAAUGCAACACACCAGUUCACAACUGAAUAUAAAAAUAUAUAAUGAAUGUUAGAACUUGUAAGUCAAAUGUUUUUGCUGCUCCCUAAUUACAGUUUCUAACUGACACUUCAGACAUUGGCUCACUAUGCUGAAAGUAAAACUAGUUUCCUAAGUGUUUAAUGAAAGGUAGGUGGUGCUGUGAGUUAAUAUACUGUGGAGUGAGUGAGACAUUGAAGUGAUAUUUAAAUUCUAGUUUUUAGAAAAAGAUUUUCCUGACUUAUAGAACAUCAUGAUGGUAUUUGGCUCUGGUAAAGGAAUGAAGCAGCCAAUUUUAUCGAAGGUAAAAAUUAACCAAUUUAAAUAUGGAUUUAUUGAUUUUUUUUUUAAAAGAAGAAAAUAGCCCUGCAGAAUUACUUAAGAUUAACCUAGGGAUUGGAAUGAUAGCACAGCGGGUAGGGCAUUUGCCUUGCACGCGGCCAACCUGGGUUCGAUUCCUCCGUCCCUUUCAGAGAGCCCGGCAAACUAUAGAGAGUAUCCCACCUGCACAGCAGAGCCUGGCAAGCUAUCUGUGGCGUAUUCGUAUGCCAGAAACAGUAAUAAUGAGUCUCACGAUGGAGACGUUACUGGUACCCGCUCGAGCAAAUCCAUGAGCAAUGGGACAACAGUGCUAAUCUAAGGCCAGAGAGCUAGUAUAAAGGUUGAGGUGCUUGCUUUGGGCAUGGCUGUGACUCUGAUUCAGAUCCCCCCACUGCAUGUGAUUACCCCAAGCACCACCAGGUGUGACCUCCAAGCACAAAGCCAGGAGUUGCCCCUAAAUAUAGUCCAAAAAGCAAAACAAAUGAAAAUUUAAAAUUAAUCUGGCCCCCAUAGGCAAAGGUAGGUCAAAAUAAGGAGAGAAUUGUAGUCAACAGAAUCCAUCUAGAGGAUUAAUAAAGAUGUGAGUUCCUCAGAUUCUGCACUGGAUCAAGUGGCAUUUCAGGGAGGAGAAAGUGAGGAAUAUUGGACUGUGUUAUUUUAUUGUGGUUUAUUACAGAUAUGAGUGUGUAUUAUCAGGCAGUGCACCAGUAAUAAAUUUUGAAUAUAACUUUCCAUCCCCUAUGUCACCAGUCUCUGAAAAGUUAAGAUUGUGGAUACUCUUACUGUAUUUCAGAAGACCCUUAAACUUUUGGUUUUGUUUUGAGGCCACACGUUCCUGAACUCUGUGCUCAGAGAUCACUUCUGAUGGGACUUGGGGUUCUGGGAAUUGAACUGGGUCAACUGUGUGCAAGGCAGGUGCCUGCUUAGCGUACUGUCCCUCGGGCCCCAAGACAUUUAAACUUUUGGUAAACAGAAAACAAAGGAAUAUCAUACGAAGGUCACUUUAAACCCUUUUUCUAUUUUUUUUUUAAUUCGUUUUCCCUGGUUUCUAAAAAUGUGAACAAGCAGGAUUUGGAAGAGAGUAUGUAUAGUUUAUCUAGGUUUGUAAGCAUAUAUCCCUUAUAUUUUUGCUUGAAACAUUACUAAGACAUUUUAAUUUUUACUACAAAUCCAAACAACUUUUCCUAGCAAAAUGGCUUUCUAAUUUGAUGUCUACUUUAUGUAAUACAUGUAAUUACCAGCCUUUAUCACAUAUUUGGUUACUUAAGUCAAGACUGUUUUAGCUCUAAUUCAGCUUUAUGAGUUACUCUCUUGGUUAAAAAAAAAAGAAAGAAAGGAAAACCUUAUUUCACAGCAUCAAUUUCUUGUACCUAUAAAACAAGGAAAUGAGAGGCACUCAGUCACAGUGGUGGUUUUAUCUUAUUUAAUAUUCUCUGUUCUAUAAGGCAGCAGUGUUCUUCUUUACAAUUAUUGCAAAAUAGGGUUGGAAAUAAAUUCAGAAAUAGAGAAUUUAACCAAAGACACAAAGCUCAUAAGUGUCACAAUUGGGAUUUGAACCAUAGUCUGUGGGGUGUGAAAGUGUUCAAGCUCUCCACAUUUUGUACACAGCAUUAUAGGUUAUAUUACUGCUGCUGAAAUAAUUCUGUACUAAAAGAUAUUUUCUACUUACGAUAGCCAAAGUUCUUGUUCUUUAAUAAUAGCAUUAAUAUGCUCAGUAUAUGACCACGCUUGAUUCGUAUUUUUCUCUGUAGCAGUUCUCUUGUAUCUUGCUGGUAAUUGUGUGCAGAAUGUGCUGCAGGGCAUUUUGUUUUUGUAAUGGACUACUGUUUUUCCCAUGAAAUGAAAGUGUUACAACUCAUAUCUCCGAAUGAAAGACUUGAAAAAAUAUAUGCUUAAAAAAUUACAGAUCUUAGUACCUCCAGGGAUAAAAACAUGACAGCAAAUAUCUUACUUUUAAGAAAGAGCUUUAAAUUUGGUACAAGCUCAGAACCAAAAGUAUUUACCAGUUUGGGGGACCAGAGCGAUAGUACAGCAGGGAGGGCGUUUGCCUUGUACAUGGCCAACCUGGGUUCAAUCCCCUGCAGCCUACAUGGGACCCCACACCCAUCCGGAGGUGACCCCUGAGCAUAGCGCUAGGAAGAAGACCUAAGUACUGCUGGGUGUGACCCCAAAACAACAACAACAAAAUACCAGUUUUUAUUUCGAGGACUACAGGCUUCUUUAGUGACAACUUACCAAGGCAGCUUCUGGAUGGCAGAGAAGUUCACUGGGCUACCCAGGCCAGAUCUGUGCCCAGUUGCUAGAGAAAUGGAAAACAGCCCUUCAAACCCUGGUCAACCAAAGGUACCGAACUCACAGUUACCCUGAUGGAUUCAGGGCGCCACUGCAGGUGGUAGAUCUGGGACAUGAGAUGUGUUAGGAGGGCCAUGGGGAAGUGGUCACCAUUCUACAUCAUUUAGGUAACCAAGGCACAGUUCUGUAAAUUCUGUGAUCAGAAUUGUGUAUAGGACCUGCGUUGAGCAGAGGGCUGCACAGAGGAGUAAUAUUUUUACAUUACUUUUUUUAACCAGUUCACUUUUGUUUCUGAUUUCUCUUCAUUUCAGUAGUCAAUUGAGCACCUAUCCUAGACCUAGUAUAAAAGUUCAUCCAUUCAUUUCCCUUCACCUUGAUGGCAUCUUGUCUUUGUACAGAUCAUUUCAAAUAACUAAUUCCAACGACGCUCAGAAGCUUGGUUGUAAGGAAAGCAACUCAGUGGAGGGAGUGUAGACAGGAGCUUUACAGUACUGCUCGCAAAACGUUCUUUUCUUGGGCUUCACACCAAAGGAAAGAAAGGUUGGUAUUUUAGGAACAAAUGUUCAUGCUUUGUUUAAUUUAGAUGUAUUUUGAUACCUCCCCUUCCUACUUCUUCUCCAGUCCAUAAUUUGUUGGAGCUGUCUUAUGUGCACAUACGCAUUUUGUUAAUGGAAAAGUCACCUGCCUAAAGAGCUUCUUCCCUUAGGCGCCUUCACACCUGGUUUUGCAAGGUGAUAAAUUUAUUUUCAGAGACUAAUCACCUUCGACUGUAAGCAAAAGUAGAAGCAAGUGAAAGUCAAGUUUUAUUUUGUCAUUGGCGAUUUUAAAUACUGUUUAUAUUUUAUUUUGAAUUAUUGUUUAUUUGUGUGUUGACAACACUGUUCACCUUCAUGGUCUUGAUGUGCAGAGUUACUUAAGUAUUUUUAGUUUUGGGCUUUGAGGCCGUACCUGGCAGUGCUCAGGGGUUACUCCUGGUUCAGCACGCAAGAACAAUACCUGGUGGUGCUCAGGGGAUCAUAUGGGAUGCCAGGGAUCAAACCCAGCUUGACCGUGUGCAAGACAAGCUCCCCACCUGCUGCACUAUCUCUCCAGCCCUAUCUUUAAUGAUACAUAUCAAGUUAGCAUGAACUAGUGAACUCUAAAUUCUCUGGUUCAGCGUGAACACUUAAGAUGUAGGAGCAAUAGCUAUCGCAAACCAUAAUGCCUAAAAUGAGAGAGAAAGAGAAGAGAGAUGCCUGCCAUAGAGACAGGUGGGGCUGAGGGGUGGGAUGGGAACUGGGGACACUGAUGAAGGGAUGGGUUUUGGAACAUUGUAUGACUGAAACGCAAUCAUGAGCAAUUUUGUAAUGCUCUGUUUCACACAGUGAUUCAAUAAAAAAUUUUUUUAAUUACAAAAAAAAGUAGGAGCAUUGCACCCAGCUGCACCAGAUCACCUUUUACAUGUCACUAAAUCCCUAGAGUUCAUGUUAUUUCUCAGUACUUAGUUUUACUGUGUAAAAACACCUUCUUUUGGGGCUGGAGUGAUAGAACAGUGGAUAGGGCGUUUGCCUUGCACGCAGCCGACCGGGGUUUGCUUCCCAGCAUCCCAUAUGGUCCCCUGAGCACGGCCAGGAGUAAUUCCUGAGUGCAGAGCCAGGAAUAACUCCUGUGUAUCACCGGGUGUGACCCCAAAAGCCAAAAAUAUAAAUUAAAAAUAAAUUUAAAAAUGAAACAUCUUCUCUUAACAUCAAAUAAUCUAUGAAUCUGAUAAAUUAUUAGCAUGCCAAGUUUUAUCUCACUAAUAUAAUACCUUGAUGAGUUUCCAGCUAUUUAAACUUUCCAGGCUUUAAUACAGCUUUGGAAAAAUAAGAAUAGAUGCUAUAUUUAUUAUGUAUAAAUUCUAAUUCUCUAUAAAGAAUUCUUUUUAACCACGUUUCAGAAAAUGCAUCAAGUCGUUCCUGCUUAAAUUGAUUAUAAUAGCUCAUGAGUUAGCCAAAUGAAAACUCAAUGUGGUGAAAUGUAGGACUUUUGUAUAUUUGUUUUCCUGUCUCCUAAAUGAGUCAUCUCAGCAUUGGAAAAUAAUGAGAAGAAUAGCUUCCUAAAAAGUCUGCAAAAUGGAAAAACUGGUUUAAAAAAUAGUGAUUUACUUGGGAAAUUCCCUAAAGGGCUUUCAUUUCCUGGGUAGAUUUUUCAAUGUAAUUUUUCUAGUUAUCAGAAUUACUUGGUUCUCAUUAAGUGAUCCAAUCCCAUUUUCCAAACUGUACAUAUACAGAUUAUGACAAGUCAGUAGUAAUAGCUAACUUCCUUUCUUUCAGACGUUUCCUUGAGUGCUUUGUAGUGUUUCUAACUCAAGUCCUCUAAACUCAGAAGAGAUGUGUAGUGUUAAUAUUUCACAGAAGAGCCGUUAAAAUACCCUACCCAUGACUACACUGCCAGCAAGUGGCAAGGAGCAGUGGAAGGAGGUCUGAUUUGCAGAUGAAUUCUAUUCCCUUGUGUUUGGGGGCCAUAUCUGGCGAUGUUCAGGCCAUUCCUGGCUCUGCAUUUAGGAAUUAUUCCUAUUAAUGCUCAGAGCACCAUAUGAGAUGCCUGGGAUUGAACUAGGGAUGGCAGUGUGCAAAGCCAGCACCCUACCCAUUGUACAAUCUCUCUAAUCUAGGAAUCCUCUUUAAAAAUGUCAUUUUAUCAGAGAAUUCUGGAUUGUAACACAUAAAGACUAUGAGUAGCGAGGCUGGAGUGAUAGCACAGCGGGUAGGGUGCUUGCCUUGCACGCGGCCCACCCGAGUUCGAUUCCCAGCAUCCCAUAUGGUCCCCUGAGUACCGCCAGGGGUAAUUCCUGAGUGCAGAGCCAGGAGUGACCCCUGUGCAUCGCCGGAUGCGACCCAAAAAGCAAAAAAAAAAAGACUAUGAGUAGGGAAAUACCAAUCUAUUGACAUAAUAAAAACAUCUUGCGGAAUUACAUAUAUCAAAGAAGUAAGUUUGUGGCUAAAGCCGCAACAAUCUGACACUUAGUGUAUUCUGGAUUUUAAUAUUAAUGAAUGGAAUAUUCCUUUAACCUUCUAAUGCAUGAAGGGGUGGUGAGCUGUUACAGAUUAAUAAGGGUCAAACAGAAAACACCACCUGAUGUUCUUACUCAGAGGGCAUGUUAUUGGGUGACGACCAAAAAAUUGAUUUUUGUCCUAUUACAAGUUUAGAGGAAGAAGUUGGGGGUGGGGAGUCGAAAAUAUUUGAUCCAUGCUGAUACCAAAUAGAAAUACUGCCUUUAUUUACCCACAUUUUCUUUGAUGCUUGUGUUUGACAUAUAUCACUUUCCCACCCAUCUGCUCUUCCUGUUACCAGCACAAAUUAUGACAUAAAAUAUAACACAAGGUUUAUUACGUGCCAAUUGAUUGGCUUUCUCCAGCUUUCCCCACUUCCCAGCCCGCUACGUGUUAUCAGUCUGACCUUUACCAAACACACUCCUCUUUUUAGGACCUGGAAAUCUUGUUAGGCCUGUUCCAUAGUUAAGUUUCAAGAAUAUUACCAAAUCAGUAAAAGUGUUACCAUUUAUUUGUCAAGACUAGUCCAUCACAGUGCAUGUUCUGUAAGGUUCUCUGAGGGCAGUUUCCCUUUUAUGGUGGGUGGAUAUGUGAAAAGUCUGUGCUGGUAGCAUUGACUCAUCAAUUAUUUGGAAGUCAGAGAAGUCCUUUGUGUGUAUUUGUUUGCGCUGCUGUUAAUUAAAACAUUCAAAAGCAAUUUAAGGUAA